AUGAGGCGGGUCAAUUGGACCGGCACGGCUCGUCCAUCGACAUACUCGAAGCUCAUUAUGGGCUCUCCUAGCUACAGAUCGAUAUCGUCUACCUCCAAGCCAGCACCAGCACCAGCAGCAACAACACCAUCAUACUCACGAAAGGCCUCUAGCAAUACCCCUAGGAGAACAUAUAACAGCUACAACAAGUCUGCAUCUUCGUCACAAACGACAUCAGCGUCCGCUUCUCCCCCAAAACCCGCGCCAACAGCUCCAUCCACGCCCAAUGAGCCAGAGCCGUCACCACCGUCAUUCACAACACAGUCAACCUCACACCCGAUACAAAACAUAACCAAGACCGGCCUCGCUGACGCCCCUCCCGACCUCGUGCUGGAGCCUGCAAACGUUCCAAACGGCCACGUCGACUGGACACGCUCAUAUCACGGCCUAAGCGCCGAGCCCUUCUCAAAGGAAGCUGCUGCCAUUCUGCUAGCACCAGUCGAACCAGACGAUGUCGAGAUCAAGCCCGACGGUAUCGUGUACCUGCCUGAAAUCAAGUAUCGGCGUAUACUCAACAAGGCGUUUGGGCCAGGGGGAUGGGGUCUCGUGCCGCGCAGCGAGAGUAUCGUGACGGGCAAGACGGUAACGAGGGAAUAUGCUCUUGUCGCGCAUGGCCGUCCGGACGGGAUACCGACUGCCACCGAAGGGUGCAAGUCCAACGCCAUGAUGAGAUGUUGUAAGGACCUGGGAGUUGCGAGCGAGCUGUGGGAUCCACGGUGGAUUCGCAAGUUCAAGGCCUCGUAUGCAAAAGACGUGUUUGUCGAGCAUAUGGUGAGUAAGAAGAAGUCGAAGAUCUGGAUACGCAAGGACGACGAGGUGAUGUAUCCGUGGAAGAGGACAUGA